CUAGUACCAGCAACGAUACAUAUAUUCAGAGUUCAACUGUUUAUUAUAGAUCACCAGUAGAGUAGUUUGACUUUGAGAUUUUUUGAGAACUAGUACGACCGAGCAUCAACAACCUUUUCUUCAACGACAUCACAAUUGGAUACUUUACAAGAAGGCCCUUCUCCUGCUCGACGUUUCAGUUUCUUUGUCGAACGCCACGAACUUUACUUCGUCCACAAAAACUUCCACCCAAAAACAAAAUGCCGGAGUCCAAGUACAAAAUCGUUUUUGUCCGCCACGGGGAAUCGGAAUGGAACUUGAAAAAUCUCUUCUGCGGCUGGUUCGACGCGGAUUUGUCCGAAGCGGGGCUCGAGGAAGCGAAGAAGGGCGGGAUUGCGAUCAAGGAAUCCGGCUUGAAAUUCGACCAGGCGUACAGUUUAUGGAAUGCAAAUACUUUUAUGUCUGGGUCUGCAUGAAUGCAGGUGUUUGCCAUGCUCACUUUGCAUAGGCCAUGGCGUCUGUGAUGCAUGCCCUAGCACCACAGAUCUUUUGAGGGCUUUCUGAUGCCCAUACUGCAUGAGAAAUGCCGUCUCCGCUUAGCAAAAACUUGACCUCUUUUGCUGUUCAUGCAACACAAAUUCUGCGUAGAAUUCAAAGGCAGCAUCACAAGUUGGCACCCUGCCAGACCCAGACAUAUUUGCGAUCCAUACAGUUCCGUCCUGCUCCGCGCAAACAAAACCCUGGACAUUAUCCUGAGCAAAAACGUCCCCACCCCAGAGUUGUCAUGCAGAUUUGCAACGACAGGAACAUUUGCAAUGCGCAUCUACAUGAGAGGCAUUUCCGGUCGUGUUUUGGCAUUUGUAGUGCUGUAAACAAUAUGAGGAGAUGGGCUUGUCAUGCGACUGUCCUGGCUAACCUGCACUACACUACAAAGACGAACUUGUCAUGCAUGGCUUCCAAAACUGCUGGAUUUGUGCUGCAGAGUUCGCAACUUGACUUUGGGGUGGGGACGUUUUUACUCAGGAUAGACAUUAUUCUUUCCGAAGCGGGACAAACCCCGCCGAUUGAAAAGACCUGGCGGUUGAACGAGCGGCACUAUGGCGGGCUGACCGGUAUACAAAUAAGUAUGUUGUCAAUGGGUCAUCUAUUUCUCUGCUUGUUUUGUUUGUGACAUGCGAGUCUUGCAUGACAGAUGGUCUUCUCGAUGAUUCCCACAUGAUCGCAUGACAAAUUGUUAAGAGCUACUUAUCUAUCAGGUCUCGACAAGGCCGCGACAGUCGAAAAGUACGGAGCCGACCAGGUGCAGAUCUGGCGUCGGUCCUUCGACACCCCACCGCCGCCGAUGGAGGAAGGACACGAGUACUUCGAGGCCAUUCGGCAGGACCCCCGGUAUGCGGACCUGAAGGAGGAAGAGUUUCCGAAGUGUGAGUCUUUAGAAUUGACGAUCAAGCGCACCAUGCCGUUCUGGGAAAACACGAUCGUGCCGGCCUUGAAGGAAGGUAUAGUGAAAAUGGUUUUUGUAACAUGCAUACACAACUCAAACCGGUUUCUAUCUCGUUGUGAAGAUGAGUUUGUCUUGCGGAGUCGACAUGAAUAUUGCUGUCUAGGAUGGUGCCAAAACCAACUUUCCUUUACAAUUUUUUUAAAGGUAAAACCAUCCUGGUCGCCGCCCACGGAAACAGUCUCCGCGGGAUUGUCUUAUGGACUGCAAAAGUAUCGUACUAGUAUAAAUCGCAUGACAAAUUUCCUCAGCAUGAGAAAUGAAAUUUGUAAUGCAGAUUUGCCUUGGGAACAAGAUUCGUAAUGCAAGAUUCGCAUUUAUACGAGUACGAUACUUUUGCACAGGAUAUGGGUGCCACCUGGACAAGAUGUCGAAUGAGGAAAUCAUGGAAUUGAAUCUCCUUAUGCAUUGCAAAUAUGUUUUGGUCCUCUGGAUUUGUGAUGCGAAAUUUGAAGGACAAUGGAAUCUGUAAUGCAUGAAUCGAGUAAGUAAGAAGGACAAUGGGAUCUGUAAGGCUCCCUUCCGUACGGAGCGCCCCGAGCCCGUUUUAGCGCACAUUUAUGAUGGCCUUACUGUUAAAAGGAGAGAGCUAGAUCACUCUGUAGCACCCAAACUGUUUAUGCUAGCAAAGGGCUAGUGCGCUGUGGACCCCCAGGAUCAGGUAGACGAGGUCCCAGACCGAAGUGGUAGGCGCUUAGGGUGAACUAUGUAUGUAGCGCUUAGGGCCCUUCCGUGCGGCCAAUUUGUAUGUCCCGCAACGGGGUUCGCCUAAGUCGGUCACUUGUAUGCAAGGCGUUGGGUUACCCGGUCGGCAGAGCCGAUCCACAACGAACGAACGAAUGAAUGCCCUUGGCGGGCAGUUUUUCUUUCUCUGUCAUGCUGUGAAACGUCAUGCGUUUUACGAAUGAAAGAAUCUACGACAAGCCUUGCAAAACUUCUGAUGCUGUUAUGCCGUGCAGGAACAUGCCCUAGGAUGCGAGCAUCAGCAACACAAGUUUCCAGACCCAGACAACAUAUUUGCAGUUCAUACUCCCCACCGGAAUCCCGUUCGUGUACGAGUUGGACGCGGAUUUGAAACCGGUGGUCUCCAUGCAGUUUCUGGGCGAUGAAGCGACGGUCGCGGCCGCGAUUGAGAAAGUGAAGAAUCAGACGAAGAAGAAGUAAAAAGAAUGCAUCAACAGCAUUUGAAAUUUUCCGAUGCGUCUUCUUCACUUCCGAGUCGACGUCUUCGUGGGAUGAAACAGGACUGCAUACAUGCGACAAAGAGUUCUUUCCGCUUGAUCUUCCAGUGCGGGAAAUCUCGUGACUUGAUUUCUUGUAACGAUUUUUUCAACCACACCGCAGCUGAAGAACCUGUUUUAUCUCACUCAUCACCCCUGAAGUAAAGGCAACUCUAGUUCUUUUUGAGUCCUCUUUUCAAGUACCUAAAUCAGUAGAGAGUUGUUUGUAUCACAACAUCAGACACUUGCAGCCCAUGCUUAUUGCACCAACCACCACAGACCGUGAGCCUACCCAGUGACAUGAGUACAAGAAGCGCAACUCCGCGAAAAAGAUCUGCUUCAUGUAUGGAUUUGACGUGAAGACGGUCAUCUCUAU